AUGGCUGCUGCCGUUUAUUCAGAGGCAUAUUACGAUGACCCGCGAUGUCUCUGGCUACAUCAUUCGAGUUCAGUUCUACCAAGAGAUACAGUGCCACCACUAGUGGGAUCAGGAUAUAUGGCAGGUUUGGGAGUUAUAGAUAUACGAAUAACAUGGUACUUUUGGGCACGCUCGAUCUUCCGCUUGGUGAUCCGGAGCCAUCGAGUCAGACAGUGCGGAAUUGAAUGUUAUAGCAGGCAGGGAUGUGAGCGACGAGACAACAUCCUUGGCCAUGGAUAUACCGCCUGCGUAUAG